AUGGAUUAUAACAAAAACAGUCUUUUAGUCAAAUUUAAAUUUGCAUUUUACGUCGUGAUUGUGAAUUUGAAAGAUUCGGAGACCGAUACUCCGCACUACCACGUGCUGUCCGGAAUGUUUUCUCGCCCAUUCUGUUGCUGUUUGAGCGAGGCGUCAAUCUAUUGGCUGCGAGAGACGAUAUUCACUGUUGGUGUCAAUGUACGUCUCGUUCCUAACAGCAACCAGAAAAUGCGUUCACGCAAUUGGCUGGCUCUGGUUCUAGGAACGAGUGCUAUUUUGCUUGGUCCAGUUACUGCCCUUUUUGGACGCGCUGCGCUUUUCCGAUCCCAUCCCCGAAACGCCACAGUUGAUCUGCGGAAAACGAGCGGGUUUACGCUGCGAGCUGGAUCUUCUAAUUUACCUUGUGUGGAGUAUAAUGGGGAGGAACCUCCCAAACGGGCUGUCGUUCUUAUGGACGCUUUCUGUCCGUACCAUGGUCUUUAUUUAGCGAACGCCGUUCGGGAACGCUUCCCCGAUACCGCCGUCGUGACCGUUCUGUCCGACUAUUUAUACGCGUUUUUGUCAGCUACGGAACCAGAGUCGCAGGCACAGUGGGAUUCCAUGCGAGUUCCGCAAGACGAGACCACUCUUGCUAUCUGGCAGUCAUUACCCGUUGCAUGGCAGGCAGUGUAUUGCGAAUCGGAUUCGGGCUUGGAAAGUGCGGAAGCUUUACGAGAGGUUUUAGGUGUAGCCUGCCGGGACAAGCCGGUCAUGUUAUCAGCUCGAAGACACAAAUACAAGAUGAAUGAUCGCGUUAAAUCAGUAGGUUUGGAGUCUGUUAAACAAAAGAUGUGUGAUUCGCUGGACGAAGCCCAAGCCUUUGCGCAAGAGCUGGGCCUAUCAACAGGGGAAUCCCUGCAAGCAGUAAUCGUCAAGCCGUUUCGAGGGGUCGCGUCGGAAUCCGUCCAUUUAUGCCAUGACAAUGCUGAAAUAGAAUCUGCGUGGAAUUCAAUAACGUCCACGGCGGUUUUUGGGUGCAAAGGUCGGCACGAUUCUGUUCUUGUUCAGGAGUUCCUGCAAGGUUGCGAGUACGCCGUAGAUGUCGUACUGCGCGAUGGUGUUCCGAAAGUUGCGGCAGUGUGGAGGUACGACAAGACGCAAGCAAAUGGUGCUCCCUUUUGCUAUGUUUGCACGCGUCUGGUUGAUUCGCAUAGUGAUCCGCAAGUACCAGUGGUUUGUGACUAUGUGCUAGACGUCUUACGAGCUUUGGGUGUAAAAUGGGGUUUGAGCCACAAUGAAGUGAUUGUCACAUCCGACCGUGGGCCGGUCUUGGUCGAAGUGAAUUGCCGCCAGCAUAAUAUGGACUUUUGUCCGCUCACCAUGGCUUGCAUCGGAUACAACGCAUUGGAUAUGACGGUCGACGCUUUAUUAGGGGAUGAAGAAAGCUGGAAAGUGACCUAUCCCGCUUUUCCCGCAUUGCGAGCGCAGGGGUGCAUGGUGCACUUAAUCAAUUACGCGUCGGGCGUGCUGAACGAAGUAAAGCAUCUGGAAGAAAUAGAUGCGCUACCAAGUGUCCUGAACUGGGAGGUCUACGAUCACUUCCGGGAGCCCGGAAUCCUUAUCGAACCAACUGUGGAUAUUCGCUCAGAUGCGGGAUGGGUACAGCUUGUCCACGAGGAUCUGAAUACGCUGGAGCACAAUUAUGAGCAAUUGGUUGCCUGGAUGCCAACAAUGUUUCAGGCACAUUAACAUAAGUGUAGUAUUGAGCAUUUCCGUCAAAAGGAAUUCCAAUUUACAGUUAGAAAAGAAAUAGAAGCGAGUGAUAGGAAAAAUAAAUCAGGUGGAUUGAUAGUUUUUAAAGCCGAAGCGCACUCACUGGUUUCCAUCUCCUCGGGACAUUGCCGUAGAGACGUCAAUUCUUCGAGAAAGUUCCUGUUUCGGUCUAUUAUCUGACACAGUGCUGCCUUUCAACGUGGUCCAUUUCCGACAUUUUUUAA